AUGGGCCAUCGCCAUUCGCGUGUGGAGUCGUCUCAGGUGUCGAGGUCACGACCUGGAGCAUCCUUUGAGAGCAUCUCUCGGUCGGAUUCCGCCAACAAGGCCGAGCCAUCUACGCCCUCCGUGAAGGUGAAGUUUCCCUUCCGAUGCGAGGAUCGCAGUAAAAUCCCCGACGAGCUUCUGGAAGGUCCUUUUGAUGAUUUCCAGAUUGCAGAGGAUGUUUAUGCUACGUUCUACUUGCUUGCAAGAAAUGCCACACCUGAAAUGUACAGCAUUUCCCCGUUUCGAAAUCCGGAUGUUCGCAUUGCGUGGCUCUAUCUGCUGUUCAUCGCCGGUUCUCAGAUCUUCGUUAUCGCAGCCAUUACUGUUCUUUAUCCCCCUACGGUUCAGCAGGACAGCGCCUUUGUCAACUGCCAGAACCUAACAGCUGUGUCUGCGUUGCAUGCGCGAGGUUUCCUCGCAGCAGCAACGACGGAGGCUUGCGAGGCAACUGCAGAGCCGGCGUUUGAAGCCGAUGUCCGUGGUCAGACGGUGAUGAUCUCACAGGUCAACCACGCCACGGAGUUUUAUCACUUAGUUUUGGCCUCUGGGAACUACGUUGUGCUCAUGUUGCGCUUAGUGUGUUGUUCCUGGGUCUUCUCCCAGGUCUACUUGCAGGAGUUUAGCAGUGUGAGGGCGCUGCUUCGAUAUCACGACUUCAGCCGCUGGUUUCUGCCGUUGAAGGGCGAGGUGGUUCGGAACUCCUGGGCAAUUUGUGUUCCAAUCGUUCAAUACAUCGUCCUGAUGUGCGUCACCACGGUUUCCUUUCUCGUCAUAUGCGCCUUUGACGAGCCGUUUGACAUUGUAAUGAACAGCCUGGCUUUCACCUUCAUUGCAGAGGUUGGCAGUUUCUUCAAUGAGCCGUUGGUAAGCAGGAUGGCCGCGACAUCAGUGCAGGGUCUGCCGGCAGACUAUGACGAGAUCAAGUACUUGUAUCCCGAGUAUCGUCUUUCAAACGCGAUUCGGGAGGAUGGCACGUAUACCGAUUUGGGCUGGUACAUCUGUGAUGACGAGGAGAAGGCUGGGCUGCUCAGCGACUAUCGGGUUCGGCACAAUGAGGCUGUCUACCCUCAGCCGCACUCACGAACUGCAAAGAUGCUGGAGAUCUUGAUCUUCGUGGUGCCUCCUGUCUGCGUCUUCGUGGGGGCAUUACACAGCCACUGCAGAGAGGGUUGCAAUCUCGCUUCCUUCGUUUCCUUGGGCAAUUCUGAGCUGUGA